AUGUUUGGGCGCGAUCGCGUGUUCAAUACGCCGUUGAGCGAGCAGGGGAUUGUGGGCUUUGGGAUUGGCAUGGCGGAUAUGGGGCAUACGGUGAUUGCAGAGAUCCAAUUUUCAGACUACAUCUUUCCGGCAUUUGAUCAGUUGGUGAACGAGGCGGCCAAGUACAACUAUCGAUCGGGAGGCCAGUUUGACGUGGGCAGGUUGACGGUACGCGCGCCUUGUCAGGGGGUUGGACAUGGUGCGUUGUAUCAUAGCCAGAGCGUCGAGCAGUUUUUCAUGGGUGUGCCUGGCCUGAAGGUGGUAGUUCCCAGAAGUGCCGUGCAGGCGAAAGGCUUGUUGGCGGCUAGUGUAAGGGAGCCGAAUCCCGUGGUGUUUUUGGAGCCAAAGAUGCUCUAUAGGAGUUCCGUCGAGGAGGUGCCACUGGACGAUUUCAGCUUGCCAUUGAGCAAGGCUGACGUGGUUAUGAGCGGCCAAGAUGUUACCUUGGUUUCGUGGGGUGCUCCGCUGUAUGCGUGCGAGCAAGCGCUCUCGCUUUUGCGAAACCCACCCAACUCGAUCAGCCAACACAUUCCUCUCUCGAUCCGCGACGCCAAGGUAGAACUCAUCGAUCUACGUACCAUCCUGCCCUGGGAUCGAGAGACGCUCGUUCAGUCGGUCGCCAAAACCGGCCGAUGUGUCAUUGUCCACGAAGCUCCUGUGACCGCCGGUGUCGGAGCUGAGAUCGCCGCCGAGGUGCAGAAGAACUGCUUCCUUCACCUGGAAUCACCUAUCCUGCGCGUCGGAGGCUGGGACACCCCCUUCCCUCAUGUCGGCGAGCUGUUCUACAAGCCUGACGCAAUCAGGAUCGCCGAUGCGCUCGUCAAGUGUUUGACCUAUUGA